AUGGACUCGGACACAGUCAAGAAAACCAUCAUCAGGCAGGCGCUUCAGGCGACCAACACGGCCAAUGCGCGGACCCUGAUCGAGAAUAUCAACGAGAAGUGCUUCGAGCGCUGCGUUCCCAAGCCGGGCAGUUCUCUCUCCAGCGGCGAGCAGACGUGCCUGACGUCGUGCAUGGAGAAGUACAUGGCGGCGUGGAACGAGGUCAAUGCGACAUACAUCCGAAGGAUACAGCAAGAGAUGGGCAACCAGAACAUUUCCAACGCAUAG